CGCCAUAUCCAUAUUAAAGAUAAACAGCCCAGCAAACACCAAAUGCCCGAGUCUCUUUCCGCCAUUCUGCGUUCGUUUUUGGAUUCAAGUACCAACAAUCACAAUCACAAUCACAAUGUCUCUCCUUGAUACUGUCCGCACGCACAUCGCAUCCGCCAUCGACACCGACGCGGAACCCCUCCGCCAACUAAACCGCGACAUCCACAGCCACCCCGAAACGGCGUACGAGGAAGUCUACGCGCACGACACCCUCGCCACCUUCCUCGAGUCCCGAAACUGGGCCGUAACCCGCCACGCGUACGGGCUCGCGACGUCCUUCGAAGCCGAAACCUCGACCUCCACCACGGGCCCCAUCGUGGUAUUCUGCGCCGAAUACGACGCCCUGCCAGGAAUCGGCCACGGCUGCGGCCACAACCUAAUCGCGACCUCCUCGAUCGCAGCCUUCCUGUCCCUCUCCUCCGCAAUCCGCCAGCUCGACAUCCCAGCCCGCGUGCGCAUCCUCGGCACGCCAGCCGAGGAAGGCGGCGGCGGAAAAGCCAAACUCAUCGACGCCGGCGCAUUCAGUGACCCGGACAUUGUCGCCGCCAUCAUGGCGCACCCGAUCUCCCUGCACGGCCUGCCGGACGGUUACCAGGGGAUAUCGGGGUUCCGGACCGUCGCGAGCCACAAACUCCGGGUCGAGUAUCGGGGGAAAGGCGCGCAUGCGGGCGGGGACCCGUGGAACGGGAAGAAUGCGCUGGAUGCUGCGGUGGGCGCGUACAAUAACAUCUCGCUCCUGAGACAGCAGAUCCAGCCCGAUGAGCGGAUUCAUGGAGUCAUCGAGUCCGGGGGCUCCGUUCCCAAUGUCAUCCCGGAUUAUACACGCAUGAACUGGUAUAUCCGCAGUCCGACGACCGCGCGGGCGGAUGAUCUAUUGGUUCGGGCGAAAGCGUGCUUUGAGGCGGCGGGGAUAGCGACGGGGUGUGAGGUGAAUUAUAUUAUGGCACCGACCUACAAGGACCUCGUCCUCAACGACACGUUCUGUGCCGUCUACAAGCAGGAAAUGGCCGUCCUGGAGCGGACGAUCCUGCUGAAGCAAGAGACCACGGCCACGGUCUCGACCGAUAUGGGAAAUGUCUCCCAUGUGGUCCCCAGCUUCCACGGGGUAUUUGGCAUCCCGACGCCGCCGAAUAUCCCCGGGCAUCAUCCGGAGUUUGCCAAGGCGGCGGCGCUGGAUGAGGCGCAUGAGGAGGCGAUUCUUACGGCGAGGGGGAUGGCCAUGCUGGGAUGGAGUGUGCUGGUGCAGGCGAGGUAG